UAUGUGUGUGUGUUUGUGAGUGCGUGUGUACUCGGCUUCCUGCUGCUGCUCGGUGUCCGCACACCGUCCGUCUCGUCAGUGUUGAUCGGCUCGCCAUGGCGGAAGGACGCAGAGAACAGCCCCAUCCUCUCCUUUCCUUACCACCGGCCAGCAAGCGACCCUGCCUGCGCCCUGCUCCCCGAGGUCCCGGCCCGGGGCCCGGCCACGGCAGCGGGUUGCCCAGCUCCCGGUACCGUUCCCCGGAGUCGCUUCUGGACUGCGCCGCGAAGGCAGUAGCGGAAAAGUGGGCCUUUGAGAGAGUAGAGGAGCGCUUCGAGCGGAUCCCGGAGCCAGUCCAGCGCCGCAUCGUCUACUGGUCGUUUCCCCGCAACGAAAAGGAGAUAUGCAUGUACUCUUCGUUUCAGUGCCGAGUUGCCGGCGAGGAGGGUCCCUCGGCGGCUACCGGUGGCGCUGGGGGUGCGGGAUCCGGAGCUACAACCGCCGGCGGUGGCGGAGGAUCUACAGCCGGUACGGCGGCUACCGUGGGGGCAGCCGGAGCAGUGGGAACCGGAGACGGACUGCCUUUCCGCCGGGGUAUCAGGCUGCUAGAGACCGGCUGUGUGGAAAACGUUUUACAAGUCGGGUUUCACCUCAGUGGCACCGUAACUGAACCCGCCACAUCAUCAGAACCAGAGGUCACCCACAAGGUGGCCAUCAGCUUUGACCGAUGCAAGAUCACCUCCGUCACCUGUGGUUGCGGGAACAGAGACAUUUUCUAUUGCGCCCACGUGGUGGCACUCUCUCUUUACCGGAUUCGCAAGCCUGAACAGGUGAAGCUGCGGUUACCCAUCUCAGAGACAUUGUUCCAGAUGAACAGAGAUCAGCUGCAGAAGCUGGUCCAGUAUCUGAUCACAGCCCACCACACUGAGGUGCUGCCCACCGCUCAGAAACUGGCCGACGAGAUCCUCUCCUCCAACUCUGAGAUCAACCAGGUCCAUGGCGCUCCAGACCCGACUGCAGGUGCCAGCAUUGAUGACGACAACUGCUGGCACCUGGACGAGGAUCAAGUCAGGGAGCAGGUCAAACAGUUUCUGUCACAGGGAGGAUACUACGGCUCUGGGAAGCAACUAAACUCCAUGUUCGCUAAGGUGAGGGAGAUGCUACGGAUGCGAGACUCAAACGGCGCCCGAAUGCUGACGCUCAUAACGGAACAGUUUAUGGCAGACCCCCGGCUGUCCCUAUGGAGACAACAGGGCACGGGCAUGACGGACAAGUGUCGGCAGCUCUGGGAUGAGCUAGGUGCGUUGUGGGUAUGCGUGGUGCUAAACCCCCACUGUAAAAGCGAGGAGAAGAGCAGCUGGCUGAAGCAGCUGAAGAAAUGGGGCGACAUGGAUGUCUGCCCGCUGGAGGACGGCAACUACGGCAGCGAGCUUCCAAACAUCACCAACGCUCUACCGCAGAGCAACCUGGCACAGGACUCUCUGUCCAGGCCGAGGAGGACGGUGUUCAGCCGGGCAGUCGAGGCCUGCGACCUCCACUGGCAGGACAGUCACCUCCAGAGGAUCAUCAGUAGUGACCACUACAUGUCUCCAUCCUACCAGAGAGAGGGCGAGAGCCUGCUGUUCAACCCACAGGGCCUGCCCCUCUGGCUAGACCACGUCCCGACGGCAUGCGCUCGUGUUGACGCUCUGCGUUCCCACGGUUACUCCAGGGAAGCCCUGCGAUUGGCCGUCGCCAUCAUCAACACGCUCCGCCUCCAACAGCAGAGACAGAUGGACAUCUACAAACACCAAAAGAAAGAGCUUCUCCAGAGGGGCGUGACUUCCACCACCAACCUGGAAGGCUGGGUGGGUCAUCCCUUAGACCCGAUUGGCUGUCUGUUUACCACGCUCACUGAAACCUGCCGUGUGGACGACGACAACACCAUGGACACCGGAGAGGGUGACGCCAGGCCUCCGGUCUACCACCACGUACCAGUGUGGGGCAGUCCUGAUGGAGGGGAGUCCUACCUGACUUUGGCCUUAGAGGUGGCUCUGAUGGGUAUGGGCCAGCAGAGGAUAAUGCCCGAAGGCCUGUACGCUCAGGAUAAGGUGUGUCGUAACGAGGAGCAGAUUGUUGCAAAACUUCAAGAACUGGAGCUGGACGAUCUGCUGGUUCAGACUCUUCGGAAACAGGCCAUACAGCUACUAGAAGCUGGUCCGUUCAGCGGUCUAGGUGAGGUCAUCCACAGGGAGAGUGUUCCCAUGCACACCUUUGCCAAGUACCUCUUUUCUGCCCUGCUGCCACAUGACACAGACCUGGCAUAUAAGGUGGCUCUCCGUGCCAUGAGGCUGCCGGUACUGGAGUCCUCAGCAGGCUCCGGGGACGUUGGCCAUCCUCACCAUGGCAUCUCUAUAGUUCCAAGUAGAUACCCGCGCUGGUUCACACUUGGGCACCUGGAGUCACAGCAGUGUGAGCUGGCCUCCACCAUGCUCACUGCUGCUAAAGGUGACAUGCUGAGGUUGCGGACGGUGCUGGAGGCCAUCCAGAAAAACAUCCACUCCUCUUCCUUAAUCUUCAAGCUGGCCCAGGAUGCAUUUAAAAUAGCCACACCCGCAGACAACCCACCUGACAUAACUCUGCUCAACGUAGCACUGGAGCUAGGACUGCAGGUGAUGAGGAUGACUCUGUCCACACUGAACUGGAGAAGGAGAGAGAUGGUUCGCUGGCUGGUAACCUGUGCCACAGAAGUCGGUCUGCGGGCGUUGGUGAGCAUCCUUCAGAGCUGGUACACUCUCUUCACACCGACCGAGGCCACCAGCAUCGUGGCGGCCACCGUCAUGUCCCACAACACCAUCCUGCGCCUCAGCCUCGACUACCCCCAGCGUGAGGAGCUGGCCAGCUGUGCCAGGACCCUGGCCCUGCAGUGCGCCAUGAAGGACCCCCAGAACUGUGCUCUGUCGGCUCUGACGCUCUGCGAGAAGGACCACAUCGCCUUCGAGACAGCGUACCAGAUUGUGAUCGACGCAGCGUCCACCGGUAUGACUUACUCCCAGCUGUUUACCAUCGCAAGGUACAUGGAACACAGAGGAUACCCGCUGAGGUCUUUCAAGUUGGCCUCCCUCGCCAUGACCCACCUUAACCUGGCUUACAACCAGGACACUCACCCAGCUAUAAACGACGUGCUCUGGGCCUGCGCGCUCAGCCACUCUCUGGGCAAAAAUGAGCUCGCAGCCAUUAUCCCCCUGGUGGUGAAGAGCGUGCACUGUGCCACGGUGCUGUCUGACAUCCUGCGACGGUGCACCAUGACGGCGCCCGGGCUCGCCGGCAUUCCCGGGAGAAGGAACUCUGGGAAGCUAAUGUCAACAGACAAGGCGCCGUUGCGGCAACUCCUGGACGCCACUAUCUCAGCAUACAUCAACACCACGCACUCUCGACUGACGCACAUCAGUCCGCGGCACUAUGGAGAGUUCAUAGAGUUCCUGAGCAAAGCACGGGAGACUUUUCUGCUGGCACAGGACGGCCACAUUCAGUUCGCCCAGUUCAUAGACAACCUGAAACAGAUCUACAAGGGCAAGAAGAAACUCAUGAUGUUGGUCAGGGAGCGUUUCGGCUGACCUUGCCCCUCCCUCACAGGGACCCUCUUCUUGGGAAGUAGUUAAACUUAUUUGUUUUUAUUUAAGGUUUUUUGGAUUCUUUGUAUUUUUACUUCUUUCUGUUGAGCCAUUUGUUGACUAAGUUUUUGUCCUGUUUCAUUGUUUUGUUUCUUGAAUGUGAACCAGGAAGUGUUCACAGUGCAUCGCUCUACUUCAUUGAGACUGCAAAAAGGGGGAAAUGAAACAACAGCAAAAACAAAGCAUUUUUCUCCCCCAACUAAUGAUAAAUCUAGUAUGAAAAAGUUAAAAGAUUGUGAUGGAAAAAGACAAAAGGAACUUAUUUUUCAGCGGCACAUGACUAUUUAAAAACCAAAAGCUUUUGUUGGAAGGGGUACUUACUGUGAGCCAGGAGACACUUUCAGCUUGGGUUAAGACAAAAAAGAAGAAGAGGAAGUGGUUUUCAAAGUGGAUGGAACAUGUCAUUCCAAAAGACAAAAACCCCACUGAGGUCGAAGCCACACGUAGUGUUACUAUCAUACCUCGACUGUAUUAUUUGUCAGCUUUAACUUCUCAGUCAGAAAUGGCCUCUUCUUUCAUUCAGGGCAUCUUAGAGUAGAGAAGGCAGAAUACAGAACUACACGUGUGGUCUCUCUUUAGAAGAAGUCUGUAACAAAAGGGUUUUUAAACUUCACUUAAGCCACUCUAGACUAGCUCCUCCCCUCUACACCUGCUGGUCAGUGCUUAUCCUUAAGAAUAACGUCGGAGGAACAACCAUGUUGCUUCACAGAGUGCAUGUUUUCAAAUCUAGAAGCCUGACAGUGACAUGUUUCAGGCUGUAGAUGCAGAGUAGUUAAGGCGAUGCACACGUGCACAUAUGUAUAAAGUAUAUCUUGUAUGUCCUCCUAUAAGCUUAUUAACAGUGACAAUACAACUGUGAUGAACGGAGGGGGUCACAUUAUUCCCAUCUCCAGCGAUACCACUGCACUGCUGUACAGCUAUUAGUGGCCAAAACCUUUUAAAUCGUUAAGACUCCAGCUGUCACCUUUCACAUGCUAGGUCAAGAUUUAGUCAGUAAGCAAUAUAAGUCUGUGCUUCAUUUUUAUCACAUAGCGGCAUUCAUUUCACUUUCUUGUAUUCUGUUGGGAAGCUUUGGAACAUAUUGGGACCUUGGUGAUUUCAUUUGGUUGUUAACUCUGCCUGGAGCUAAAUUCCUUUUCCAUCUCAAGACCGUUUGCCAGAAAUCAGGAACGUUUGUUUCAAGUUUGUUUCCCAGAACUUUUUCAUGAACCCAGAGUGUUAACCCUGUUUUAAAAGCAGAAAUCUGUUUCUAAAUUUGGUUCUUAGUUCCUACCCCUCUAGCCCUGGAAGCCCAUAUCGUACUUUUUACCAUUUGCGAUUCUUAGGGUGACCUGUGCAGGAUGUAGCAUUGCUGAUUGGUCAAACAAGCACAAACCCACAAGGAAACCCAACUCACCCAACUCUGAUAUUCCCCACAGCUCUACAUUUAGCUAAAUGUGUUGUUUUUUUCCGGCCUGCAAAAUUACCGUUGGUUCAAGUUUUACUGUGCUCAUCAUCUGUGUUUCCAACCACAGCAUAUCCAAAUUGCUGGAACUGCCAUUUUUUGAUAAAGGCAAAAUGUGUCACUACAUACCAUUAUAAAUGGAGCAUUGUGGUGCUACAAAGACGCAAUGGCCUACAAAUCAUAUUCUACUUGACUGUACACCGGCUGCCUAGCAUUGCCUAACAGUAGACAGCAAAAUUAGUAGCUAGCUGGUAAACAUAUUGUAAUAUUUAACUCAUAAAGAGUGAGUGGACACCAAAACAGAGCUAAACGAGCGGGAAUAUUGGACUUAUUUGUUGGCCGGAAACACAUCUCCAAACAAAUACUAAUGUUGCUCCAUCUCCGCUAGAUGUGUAAAUUAGCAACUGUCACCAACACGUUAGCCAUUGUCAUCUCUAACACUGCUUCCUUGUUGCGCUGCCCCCAAGUGACCAAAACGUCUGUUCAUGGUUGUUUAAAUUGUGUUUAUUGACAAACUACAAAAGAAAAAAGGCUCAUAUUUAAAACAUUUAAGAGCCACCGUAAUUGCAGAAAUUGCACUUGUCGCCAUCAUGCUUAACUUCAGUGUUCCUGAAUUUUUACAUUCCUCCAGUUCUUCGGUCUUGUGAUGGAAAAGGGUCGAUAUUUACUAAAGCUCUUACCUGUGAAUGCUACUGGUUGUGGUCAUUGGGGACUGUGAGGAUGAGUGGCCUUGUCUUAAAAGGGUUGCAGAUACACAGUGCAAAACAGAAAAUACUGUAUGUUUUAUGACUUGUCGACCUAAUCGUACAUAUUUGAGACCACAUGCCUUGGCACAGGAAGUUGUUUUUUUUCUUUAUGCGGGAUGUUCAUGCUCCCUUUUCUUACCCAGUGGCAAAGUGUUGUUGUUAAUGGCAGUAUACAGUACAGAAAGAGUUGGACUAAUCGUCAUAGUACAAGCACUUCACACAAAUACCUCUUCAGUACGUUCCUGCCUGCUUCAGCAUUUAUUUAUUGAUUGUUUUUGGUAACUUUGUAUGACUGAGUAGAAAUCGCAGACACACAAAAAGAACACAAGCGAAUGAGUCAGCCUGUCGAUGGCAGGACAUUAAAAGAAAAGGGUAUUUGAAUGGAGGGACAUUUUCUUGUCUGCUUUUACAUUCCACGAGAGCUACCUUCACCCACUACCCGGAUAGCCAGUCACUACUCUGGGCUUUUUUUUUGAUCUGAAGGAUCACAGAUGGAAGAAGAGAAAAAGGAAAACUGAGCAAAAGAAAGAAAAGAGAGGCUAAACUCAGUUCUCAGGGACAUCACUUAAAGAAACAAAACAAAAAGUAGUAGCAUUAAGCAUUUAAGAUAUUGUAAAUAUUAAAGUGUCAAUUCAGAAAAUUGUAAAGUUAUAAUUAUUUAUAAUACGUAUGUUAUGUGUUUGGGUUUUUUUGCUCCUUUAUUUUUAUCUUUUCUGGCGGGGGUGUACUUAAACUGUUUUGGACGGGGGGCUUGACAGCGUUUUUUCUAAGGGCAAAGACUUAAAGGCAUUUCUCAGGUGCUCCUGUGUACAUUUCUUUCAGUUUUGUUUUUGCUAUAAUAACUAUUAUUAUUUGUACUUUUUUAUUUUUUUAUUUCUUUGAUUUGCAAAGGAAAAAAAAAACUGUUCCAAAAGGAAGCGCGUCAUUCAGAGUUGAGGAGAAUGAAGAAGGCAUUCAUUUGUAAACAGAUACCUACUAAACCUGACUAUGCAGAACCACUUCGAUGGUCUUGUCACCUCUUAAAGAUGCCCCCUAAAAACUUAAAAGUGUGGAAGAAGAGACACAGUGGACUGAACCACUAUUGGGGGGUGGAGAGGUGGGGGUGGGGGGCAGACAAAGACAAGACCCAGCAUGCUUGUAUUUGGACAAUGCGCAGUAGCCAGCUUGCAUACGCUGCAAUAUGUAGAGGAGGGGGGAAAAAAUGUAAAUGGUGGAAAAUGCCUUUCUGACCGAUCAAUGUACAAAGUUUAUUUUUGCUUUACUUUGUUGGUUUUUAUUUAAUCAGGACUCAAGCCUUUAGUGUCUUCUCAGAGGUGAUGUGACGUGUGGCGGCACCACAGUGAGACAGAACAAUACACAAAUGUUAGAGAGUCUUAAACAGCAACUGUAUGAACAAAAGAGACGGCCUGUGGAUGACCUUGUGCUCAUUCGUCAUUAUGAUUAUUUUUUAUUUUAUUGCUUUCUCAAUUUCCUUCAGCCUACAAAGCUGGCUGAAGUUCACCUCUUCUAUCUCACGACCGUCAUUUCUUUAUCUAAUGUUCAGUUGUUCCUCACCUCGUUCCCUCUCACGUAGGAAGUGGGGGGGGUGGGGGUUUGAAAGCAAUGCAUCAAUUUGUCAGUGACCAGCUUUCUGUGCAGCCACUUAAUAUAGGAGGAUAAAAAGUGGUGGAAUUCAUUUCUUGGCUGCUACGUUAGCAUGACAAGGCUGUUUUCCUGAAUCACAGAUGAGAGAGGGAUAUUAUUUUACCACUUUCUUAACAGCUGCCUUGAUGUGAUUCAUUAACUAACAACAUUACAACAACUUUCCUCCCUCUAACUUGAGCUCUAUUUUUCAGUCUGUGUUAUCUGGAUCAGCAAGUUCCUGAUGUUUUCUAUCUUUCUUUCUUUUGUAGGAGAGUACUAUUUGCUGGUAGGAUCUAGUUUUUACCUACUGUUUCCCAGUUUGUUUUGUUUUUGAUUCUCUCUAACUUAAGGGAAAAUUGAAAGUGUUUGUUGCCUCUUUGUGCUACUGAUUAUGAAAAGGUAUUUCCAGUAUUUGUUGCCACAGAAGUAUGAUAGCUUAUCAUCAACAUUUGUUCUUUUUUUUUUAAUUUGUAAUUUUUUUUUUUGGUGCAACUUCUUGAGCUACUGUCUAUAAAGCGAGAAUUUAUUACUAUUUAUGUAACGCUACUACCAUUUUAUAUUGAUUUGUGUUGGAAUCUCAGUGCUUUUCUAUGAAUAAAGUGUGAAACACGUUACAAGGA